AUGGUCAACCUUCAGGACCUCCCACUUGAAGUCCUCCUGGAGAUUCUGUCUUUCAUCCCCACCACCGAUGAUUUAUACGAGGAUGACGCGGAUCGUGCUAUUGGGACUGAUGUUCUAUACAAUACAUGCCUAGUCUCGCGGAAAUUCCGCGAUUUAGCUCAACCUCUCCUCUUCCGCGACUUUACGGGUCGAGGUAUGCAUAAAAAACGCGACAUAAAUCGCGACAAAACCAUCUGUUUCACCAAGGCAAUCUAUGCACGUCCUGACCUUGGAGAGCAUAAACACAACAUCGAGUUCUACACAGGCAUCAUCAAGGACCUUCAAUUGGGCGAUAUGGAGAAAGACUGGAUUCGGGCUAUGUACUCCAAGCAACUUGGCCUCCUCAUGGCCUUGUUGGUCAACAAAACGCCCAAUCUUCAUUCACUGCAUAUGCCCGUGGGUGGAACAGUCUUCGAGCUAUUCCCAGUUUUCUUCAGUCGAGAUCCGUCAUUUUUGUCCAACCUCACGUCUGUAGCCAUUGGAACCACCUUCCCUUCAACCGGCUCCGAUAUGAAAUAUUACCAGGAGCUUCUAUCCCUUCCCAAUCUCAGAGACGCGUCCAUUGAUAGCAGUGCUUUGCUCGAUAUGUCAUUUCCGUCUAGCUGGACGCCUGGAACAUUGUCAGCGAACACAUUUUCCUUCCACGGAUCCCAUUGGGAGGCCGGGGCCCUCAGAAAAUUUAUGCGGGCGUGCAAAAGUCUGGAAUGCUUCUUCUUCUCACCUCCGCGACCGUACAAGUCCACAGGCGCACCUGGAUUUAACGCUGCGCAAGCCACCGAAGAGGCUCUUCGGCACAAGGAUACCCUCAAGGUCUUCCAGGUCGAGUUCUCCGCUGAUAAUGAGAAUCUCGAGGAAUACAGUUCUACCCUCGUCAAGUAUGGCUCGUUCGCCGGCUUCUCCGUGCUCCAGGAUCUUCGGGUCUCUCAUGCCUAUCUUCCAGCACAUCCUCAAUUGCCGGCAACGCUACAAAGGCUAUCCAUCUCCAACUGUAAUUCUUCCAUUCGGGACAUGGCCCAGAACAUCGCGACAGACUGCAAAAAGGGCCUGUAUCCGCACUUGACCCGUGUGAGUGUCUCCGCACUCGACAUCACAGCGCCGAUUAAAUUUCCCGGGCAACGAAUCCCAGAAGGCCAAACUGCAGAGCAAUGUCUGCUGUCUCUCCAGGAUAUGUUCAAGGGAACAGAAGUCGAGUUUUCUAUCUCGCCGUUACCACCCCAGUAUGAAGACGAUGAAGACUACGGGGACUACUAUGUUUUUGAUGAUUACCUCACUCCUAAUGACAUUUAUCAUGCCCGUGGUAUUUCUUCUCGCGCUUUUGAUGCUUAUUUUAUUGAGGAAAUGUCACUAUGA